AGCACGUGAAGGGAGUUUCACAUUGAGGGGAGAGGUUGACACAUUUUGAGUCUUUCGAGGCUUAGACUUCAAAUCAUAAGGUAAUACACACUAUGUACUAGUAACUAAUUACAAAGCUCCUAUAAUAGCUGUCUAACGACUAGAGUUAAAUCACCAAGAAAGCAAAGCAACUACGUCUAUACUCUAUACAAACACCAUGAGAGCAAGUUUUAGAGCAUUGCUGAACCUAACUUCGCAUUCUUCUUCUUCUUCUUCUUCAGUAUGUGCUGUUCGAUCUUCAUCUUCUUUUUCUACACCACAACAAAAAGAGAAAGACCAAAUGAUUACACGUUUAUGUAAAGAAAACAAAUUCAACGACGCCCUCCAAAUUCUUUGCAAACAAAGACGUUUGAAAGAAGCUAUUCAGUUGCUAGAACGUCGCGAAAUCCGUCCUUCAGCGACAGUAUUUUCGACCCUUUUGCGUAUAUGUAUCGAAAAUGGGGCACUUGAUGAAGGAAAAAGAGUUCAUAAGAGUAUGAAAUGUUCAGGUUUUAGACCUGGGGUUGUCAUUUCUAAUAGGAUUCUUGAUUUUUACUGUAAAUGCGAUAAACCCUUUGAUGCGCACAAGCUGUUUGUUGAAAUGCCUGAGAGGGAUUUGUGUUCGUGGAAUAUUAUGGUUUCUGGGUUUGCGAAAUUGGGUUUGAUUGAUGAAGCUCGGAAGGUGUUCGAUGAAAUGCCUGAGAGAGAUAAUUUUUCUUGGACCGCGAUGAUAUCGGGUUAUGUGAGGUGUAAUAAGCCUGAAUGUGCAUUGGAAUUGUAUGGAGUGAUGCAGAGGGAUGAGAAUUUGAAGUGUAAUAAGUUUACUAUUUCGAGUGCUCUUGCUGCUUCUGCGUCUAUUCAGUCUUUACGUUUAGGAAAGGAGAUUCAUGGUCAUAUUGUGAGAACCGGGUUGGAUUCUGAUGCGGUUGUUUGGAGUGCUUUGAGUGAUAUGUAUGGAAAAUGUGGGAGCGUGGACGAAGCAAGGCAUAUUUUUGAUAGGACUAAUGAUAAGGAUAUUGUUUCGUGGACGGCCAUGAUUGAUAGAUAUUUUGGAGAUGGGAGGUGGGAGGAAGGUUAUUUGUUGUUUUCAUGUUUGAUGGAAUCCGGAAUUAGGCCUAAUGAUUUUACCUUUGCUGGAGUUUUGAAUGCAUGUGCACACCAAACGAUAGAGCAUAUGGGAAAACAAGUACAUGGGUACAUGAUGCGUAUUGGAUUUGAUCCUUGUUCCUUUGCAGCAAGUACCUUAGUUCAUAUGUACGCCAAAUGUGGGAAUGUAGAUAGUGCAUAUAAGGUAUUUAAGUGGCUCCCAAGGCCCGAUGUAGUUUCUUGGACCUCACUGAUUAAUGGUUAUGCUCAAAACGGCCAACCUCGAGAAGCUCUGCACUUAUUUGAUUUGUUGCUGAAAUCUGGCACUAAGCCUGAUCAUAUUACUUUUGUUGGGGUUCUUUCUGCUUGCACUCAUGCAGGUUUAGUUGAUGAAGGGCUUGAAUAUUUCUAUUCAAUAAAGGAUAAGCAUUGUCUAACCCAUACUGCUGACCACUAUGCUUGUGUGGUUGAUCUCCUGAGCCGAUUUGGCAGAUUUAAGGAGGCCAAAGAGAUUAUUAGUCAGAUGCCAAUGAAGCCUGACAAGUUCUUGUGGGCUUCCUUGCUUGGAGGAUGCAGAGUCCAUGGAAAUGUUGAACUAGCAAAGCGAGCAGCUGAAGCAUUAUUUGAAAUAGAGCCUGAAAAUGCAGCUACUUAUGUUACCAUCGGAAACAUAUAUGCCACUGCUGGUAAAUGGACUGAAGUGGCAAAAAUCAGACAAGUCAUGGAAGAGAAAGGUGUGGUGAAGAAGCCAGGUAUAAGUUGGAUCAAUUUGCAGAGAAAAGACCAUGUUUUCUUGGUCGGUGAUAGGUCACAUCCUAGGUCAAAGGAAAUAUACGACUUUUUAGGGGAGCUUUGGAGGAGAAUGAAAGAAGAGGGGUAUGUCCCUGACAUAGACAAUGUGCUGCAUGAUGUGGAAGAGGAACAGAAAGAGCAAAAUCUCUCCUAUCACAGUGAAAAGCUUGCAGUCGCCUUCGGAAUUAUUGCAACUCCACCUGGAACACAGAUAAAGGUUUUUAAGAAUCUACGAACAUGUGUUGAUUGUCACACUGCGAUAAAGUAUAUCUCUAAAAUAGAAGAGAGAAGAAUUAUUGUGCGGGAUUCUAGUCGGUUUCACUGUUUUGAGGGUGGGAGUUGUUCGUGCAAGGACUAUUGGUGAUUCUUUCCAAUAGUUCUGGGAGUAUACCACCAGAACUUGGAAGCAUGGCAAGUUUACAAGGUUUUUAGCCUUUGUAAUUAAAUAUCUUUCUGUUUAAUUUUGAGGGAAAUUGCUUCUUUGUUUUUUUAUCCCACCGUAGGAGCUCCCACCUUUUGCUCCUUUAGUGACUUGAACCGACAACUUCCCUAGAAGCUCCCGUUUUUUGUUUUUUCGAGCACUUGAACCAACAACUUCCCUAGGAGCUUUCCACCUUUUGCUCUUUUAGUGACUCGAACCAACAACCUCCCUAGGAGCUCCCACUUUCUUGCUCCUUUGGUGACUCGAACCUAUAACCUCCCUAGGAGCUUCCACUUUUUGCUCCUUUGGUGACUCGAAUCGACAACCUCCCUAGGAGCUCCCACCUUUUUGCUUCUUUGGUGACUCGAACCGAUAACUUAAAGGAUGGAGGUCAGGAGGUAGGGGUGACAGAGUUCAUGGAAGGAUUGAGCUUGUUAACCUCCCCGAAACAUGAAAACCUCCUCAAGCUAAGAGGUUUUGUGUUGUCCAAAGGGGAGGGACGAGUGUUUUUUAAUCUAUCACUUCACCUCUAAAGGAAACCUCUCUCAGUAUCUUGAUGUUGACCUAAACAGCAACCAUGUUCUUGAUUGGUCCAAGAGAGUUAUGAUCAUCAAGGGAUAGCAAAAGGACUAGGAUAUCAGCACAGUUCCGAACCAGACAAACCUUCUACGGUUCAUUGCAACAUAUCAGUGGAAAAAGUCCUCCUUGAUCAACAGUUCACACCUCUAAUACUGGACUGCGGCCUACUAAAGCUACUUGUUGAUGAUGUUGUCUAUCCAGCACUUAAGGUCAGUGCUGCACUUGGAUAUAUGGCUCCUGAAUACAUUACAACUGGACGAUUCACAGAAAAGAGUGAUGUAUAUGCAUUUGGAGUAAUUAUCCUUCAAGUACUAUCUGGUAAAGGACUUGUUGACUGCUCAAUGAGACAUGCAGCUGAAUCUUGCAACUUUGAGAACUUCAUUGACCCAAAUCUCAGGGGAACAUUCUCUCUAAGUGAAGCAACUAUGCUAACUAAACUUGCAAUAAGCUGCACUCUUGAGGAUCCAGAUGGUACGCCCAAGUAUGGUCCUGGUAAAUGAAGAAUUGAACAGGUCUAGUGGUGGUUGAAAAAGACGACGGAAGUUCUUUUUUCUUCGUCAGAAGCUUGUUCAUUAUUAUUAACCAUGGGGAACAAGUGCCAUAGUGAUAGAGCUGCAGUUUUUGCUUAUCAAUUGCAUUAUGAGGCAGAUUCAACAAAUUCUUUGUGAGGUCUUCUGGCUCAAACGACAUAAAGAGGAAGAUAUAUGAACCAGUACCAUUAUUUGAUCUUUUGGCAGUAUUUUAAUGUAUUUUUAAGGGCCAAUAUUGUAAUAAAUGCAUUCUUUUUUUAAUCUCAUAUAUAUUAAUGAAAAAAAUCUAUCAAGAUAAGAGUAACUUGAA